CAAGCUGUGUCCAGACGGAGGGCCGCUCUCAAGCUGUGUCCAGACGGAGGGCCGCUCUCAAGCUGUGUCCAGACGGAGGGCCACUCUCAAGCUGUGUCAAGACGGAGGGCCACUCUCAAGCUGUGUCAAGACGGAGGGCCGCUCUCCCGCCGGUGGGCUUGCCGUCGUCCCAACGAGGCCUGUGGCCGCUCGUGCCUGGGGCUUCUGCCUGGUCCAGCGGAGGUGACGCCAAGAAGACCCGACCGGAGCUCGAAGACGGCGGUCCGAAGACGGCAGUCCGAAGACGGCGGUCGAAGACCGAGGCAAACCCCUGCUGCACACGCGGCUCUCGGAAGGCAACAACGCCCAAACUCGCGUGUACUAUUGUACCGGCGUGGCUCCAGAAGAACGCGCCCUACUUUGGCAGCAGCACCACGAGAAGGACGGGGCCAGGCGUUCCAUGUACGUUGCCCUCGUCACCGGAGUCCUGCUACAAGGAUGGCUGUGGCUGCUCCCGACGAGCGCGCCGCCAGCUUCCAGACACGACCGCCUCCGCUCGUCACCAACUUUCUCGCAGGCGAAGGUGCCGCGCCACCUGGCUUCAGCGUCGCUUCGCCUGGGGGCCUUCAUCCGGAUGUCCUCCAACCACCGAAGGCGGGAGGAGGCGUGCUCGGCGUGCCUUCUUCUCCAAGCGAGGCGCCAGUCAUCACCGCCGGCUUCUGCUGGCGGCUUCAACCGGCUGCGUCGCCGCCUGGGGACGUGUACCUGGUCUAG